CAGCACCUGUGUCGCAGAACGCGCGAAACAUUUCCAUAUGUAAUCUAAGACGUGUCGCCCACACAAGUAAUGAAUGUGCACAUUUCUCACACCUGAUGGGCUCAUUUGCAUGAUUUUUAAUAUUGCCGCGUUGUGUUGAUCCCGCAGAGCGCUUGUCGAACGUCAAUCUCUCGGGUUACAAGGCUAUGGAUCAGAGUGUAUUUUGAUGCAUGCGGCCAGGUUUUCUCGUAUGUUUUUGACCAUGGGAUGUUGUGAAACGACCAGACGUUACUCAGAAUCGACGACAAGUAGAGCAGGUUGUCAAUUUGGAUGUUUUGGUGUUUCUGCUAGGUAUUGACGACGCAGGAAAAAGAAGUUACUCGAUCAAAAGCAGCUGUUAACCAUCUAGAUCUAUGAUGGGAAAGGUACCUGCUAUGAGUGCUAUGGUAUGUUUGUGUUUCUGCCUUGCCGCAUGCAGUCAGCAAUCCAGAAGAUGGUGCAAAGUCAAAGAGUUGCUUAUUCAACAUAAGAUCUUCAACCAACAUAUUAUCAACCAGCUGGUAUUGGAGUCUAUUGCAGCCAAGGCCUCCUUCAAACUGUAUUGCCCGAAUGUCAAACAAAUGAAAAAGGCUUUAAAAAGGCACCCAAGUGCUCGGACCUUCUUUGCCAUCUGCCUGAACUGGCUGGUAUUCAUCAAUAAAAUCCUCAAUGAUUGCAAAGAAGAGAGAAGGCACAAAAAAUAUGCUUUCCUGAAAGAUUCACUUCAUCUACUCAUAGAGGAAAUCCCUACAAAUAUAAUAGGAAGACCUAAGAGAACUGGAUUUUCCUGUAAGCUUGGGUUUCCUGUGGAAAACGAAGAUAACACGAUGAAGACAAUAUUUGACUAUGAAGUGAUCAAGGCGAUGCACGUGUUCUUUUCUAUGAGUUACAGAAUGAUACGGAGAUGUUCUUAAACCAGUCGUCAUCAGACUUUUCAACCAUGCUGACUGCUACCUAAGUCGUAACAGUUGAUGCAGAAAUAAACAUUCAAAUAAAAAGA